AUGUCAACUACUCAAGCCCCUUUACUUUGGGUACCAUUCAAAUCGACUUCUGAUGUUUCUUAUGGUCAAUCCAUUCGACAAACUAUCACUCAAACUUAUCAAGAAUCUCCUGAUACUUAUAAAGAAGAAAUCUUAUCAUUGGAUCGAUGUCGACAAGAUGCUUUGAGGGGUAGUGCUGGAAGUGACGUCACAGGGAGGGAUUUACUUUACAAAUACUUUGGUCAACUAGAGUUACUCGAAUUACGAUUUCCGGAAGUGAGAGUGCCUUUUCCUUGGAAAGAUGCAUUCACGGGUAAAGAAAUCUCACAACUAUCUUUGGCAUAUGAAAAGGCAUCUGUGAUCUUCAACAUCGCUGCUACACUAUCUUCACUCGCUGCACAACAGAACCGUACUUCUACUGAGG